AUGCCGGAGGGAAAGGCGAGGCGCAAGAUCACCGCCGCCGAGCUUGAAAAGCACGGCUCGGAAGACAAUGCUUGGAUGGCCCUCCACGGCUUGGUCCUCAAUCUGUCCAAGGAUUUCUUGGACGAGCACCCGGGCGGCCCGGACGUCGUGACCGCAUUGGCUGGCAAGGACGGCACGCAGGACUUCGAGGACAUCUCGCACAGCGACAGUGCUCGGGACUGGGCCAGCAAGCUGAUCAUCGGCUACAUGGAGAGCGCUGCGGAGGAGGAGGGCAUUGAGACGAAGCUGGUCCCGAAGCAUGCGGAAGCAGCGGCGAAGGGGGGAGGUGGUGGUGGUCUCGGGGCUUUUGUGCCAGCAGUGCUUGUCCUCGGAUUGGCGCUGGGAGCGUACUACUUCCUGAACAAGUGCUAUGGAAGCGAAGGAGGUCUUGACCAGCGCCGGGUCAAGGAGCCCAAGGCCGGUGAGCGCAAGAAGGCACCCGAGAAGCCCGCAUCCGUGGAGCUUUCCGACGGAGAGGGCGUCAAGGUGCCCCCGCUUCCUCAGCGAACGUUGCCAGGGGGCUACGCAGUGGGCGAGAGAGCAGUGACGCUGAUUUCCAGAGAGGCGCAGAAUCAGACGCUGCUGAUGGAGCUGGGUCAGGAAGGGAAUGUUGUUGGAGCGGUCGAGCGCCGCUUUGGGAGCGAGGUGGACCUGCGCCUGCUGGUCCAGUUUCCCCGUGGUGUCUGCUGGUGGCUUUCGCCAUUCCAAAUCAGUCAGCCGGCUCAAUUCGGUGCCGCGCGCGCUGCUGGAAUAUUUGGCUUCAACUGGGGAUGCAGGGUGAAGUCCCUGAUCACCUUGCUCAACCCGCCAGCCCAUCAGCCGCACCAGGAGUUGUGGCUGGGCGACGAGGGUACAGUAGUGGGGCCAUCAGUGGUCAAAGGCAAGCUUGCCGUCCGUUUUGACAAUGGAAUUGGCGAGUGGAGCAUUUGGCCCAGCCUUAUUUGCAAGACGGAGGCCUACGAGGAAGCCGUCCAGGAAAAGAUCCAGGGAUUCGCUCGGGGUGAUCGAGUCCGAAGCUUGGGCCAAGUCUUUGGUUCUCGCAGCUUCGACGAGACCAGACUAGCUGUGGCCGAAGGAGAGGAGGGCACCAUCGUCGGACCUGGCCAUGCAGGCGGCAAGGUGCUGGUGCACUUCGACGCGGACGACCGAGUUUGGAGUCUGGAUCCAAAGCAGUUGGAGUCGACAUCCAGCUGUAUAUGA